AUGAUAAAUACGAUCGAGAAUACGCUAAACUCACCACGUAAUCAUCGCUGUUGUGUGAUUCGUGAGCAUGUUGAACGACAUUAUCCACGUUGCGGGAUUCCAGACAACAACAAUUAUUUCAAAAUAAAUGUCAUCAAUAUAAUGACUAAAGCAAUAAAGGAUAAAAAUAAGAAGGAUGAAAAACUUGCGUUGCCUUCAAAACAUUUGUUAAAUGACUUAUCGACGGCUUGUGAAAGCAGUAGCCAUUCAGGAAGUUUGGAUCGAAUGACACAGAGAAUAAGUUAG